AUGUCUAAGGCAGCCGUGAGGAAGCUGCACUGGCACUCCAAGGUCCAGGAUAGCUUCAUUCCCCUGGUUGGUUCCUCGGGGGAUCUGGGCGUGUCAGUGGGCGGUGGAGCCGACUAUGGAGAGUUCCCAUUCAUCACAGCAGCCCCUGGGGGCGGGCUCACUGUGGGCGACGUAAUCCUUGAGAUUGGGGGAACCCCUGUGUUAGGUAUGACACUAGGAGAUGUCCGGGGGGUCCUCCACUCCUGCCUCCAUCCCAUCCGCAUCAAGACCGUCUCACCAGGCUCUGUAUUGUGUAAGGACCUCAGGUUGUAUCUGAGUAAGUGUUUUACUCCAGGAUCCAUGGACAGCCAGCUUCAGCAGGUCAUCCGGGAGAACCUCUACCUCCGAGCAGUGCCAUGCACGACCAGACUGCCCCGUGAUGGGGAGAUCUCUGGGCUGGACUACAACUUUGUCUCCAUAGAAGAGUUCUUCUCUCUGGAAGAGUCAGCAGCGCUGCUGGAGAGCGGCAAAUUCAAAGGGAACUACUACGGCACCCCACGGCCAGUACACAUCGGUCCAGAGAGCCCUCCCAUCACCUACCGGGAACACCGCAACCUGCUUCGGAACUUCCGGACACGCAGCAAGUCGCUUAGCAACCUAGAGAAAGCAGCAGAGGAAGAGAACAGCGAGGAGGUCUCUGGCCUGUAUGGUGGCCUGCAGCUACUGUAA